AUGGCCAGAGGCAAUUGUACCACAGUGACAGAAUUUGUCCUCAUGGGAUUCACAGACCGUCCUGAGCUUCAACUUCCGCUCUUUGUGGCGUUUCUCUUAAUUUAUCUCAUCACCCUGGUGGGAAACCUUGGCAUGAUCCUGCUCAUCAAGAUGGAUUCCAGGCUCCACACCCCCAUGUACUAUUUCCUCAGCCAUCUGGCAUUCAUUGAUCUUUGUUACUCAUCUUCCAUUGGACCCAAGAUGCUGCAAAAUUUAUUGGUGAAGAAAAAAACCAUCUCCUUUUUGGGCUGUUUUGCCCAGCUGUACUUCUCCAGUGCUUUUGCCACUACCGAAUGCUUCCUCUUGGCCACAAUGGCCUAUGACCGCUACAUGGCUAUCUGCAAUCCCCUGAUUUACACAGCGAUUAUGACUCAGCGGGUCUGCCAGGAGUUGGUGAUAGGCGUCUAUACCUAUGGCUUCCUAAACUCCAUGAUACAGACAGUUCUGACUUUCCAGUUGUCUUUCUGGGACUCCAAUGUCAUCCAUUAUUUCUACUGUGCUGACCCCCCUCUCCUUGCCCUCUCCUGCUCAGAUACCCACAACAAAAAGAAGCAGCUCUUGAUCUUCUCAGCAGUGAACCUCACUGGGUCUUUCCUGACUGUCCUCAUCUCCUACAUUUGCAUCCUCUCUUCCAUCAUAAAAAUCCAAUCUUCCAAAGGCAAAUGCAAAGCAUUUUCUACCUGUGCCUCACACCUCACUGUGGUCAUCAUCUUCUAUGGAACGUUGUUUUUCAUGUACCUGCAGCAGCCUAAAGCAAGGAAUUCGUGGGAGUACAACAAAGUGGUCUCUGUGUUUUACAGUCUUGUAAUUCCCAUGCUCAACCCCCUGAUCUAUAGCCUGAGGAACACGGAAGUAAAGGACACCUUGAGAAAGAUGAUAGAGGGCAAUGAGUCAAGUGAGUGA